AAUAAUGUAAACAUAACCCUAAUGUCACUGACACACCUGUGAAAAUUGUGGUAGUGAUUGUGAUUUUUGAAGUGUUUGCAUUUCAAUCGAUGUUCCUUUAUCAAGAUAAACCACCACCUAUCCAUUUAUAUGAUAGGAAUAACUGGUUGAUAAGCUGAUUGUAGAAAAUCGGCCAUAAACGCCCAAAUUUGUUGUUUUUUCCAUGAUAUGAGCCUGAAAUGAGAGUAAUUUUAUAUGGGUUUUUUACUUCAUAUUGUAUUUUUGUUGUCAGUUUUUGACAUUUAUUUCAAAUCACCAAUUAUAAAUAAUAUUCCUGUUUUGAACAAUAAUGUAGGCCCACCAGCUAAACGAUUAGUGUUGUUUGUUGCUGAUGGGUUAAGAGCAGAUUCUAUAUUCUCAGUCCAGCCUACUAAUGACCAUCUUUCACCAUACUUAAGGUCAAUAAUUGAAUCCAGAGGGGUAUGGGGAGUCGCACACUCACGAGUACCCACCGAGUCUAGACCAGGUCAUAUUGCACUAAUUGCUGGUUUCUAUGAGGAUCCAUCGGCUGUUUUCACUGGAUGGAAAGACAACCUGGUCGAGUUUGAUUCACUGUUCAAUCGAAGCAAAGUCACUUAUUCAUGGGGAAGCCCUGAUAUUUUACCCAUGUUUAAGAAAGGAGCAGUAGAGAACAAGGUUCACACGUUUUGCUAUAAUGCAGAAGAUGAAGAUUUCUCUGGAUACGGCUCUACCAAGCUUAAUACUUGGGUAUUUGACAGAGUGGAAGAGUUCCUUCAAUCUGCUAGGCAUAAUGUUACUUUGAACAACUCAUUGAAUCAGCAGGGAGUUGUGUUCUUUCUCCAUUUACUAGGGCCCGAUGUCGCUGGCCAUGCUAGUAAACCUCAUUCCAGACAAUACAAAGACAACAUCAAUGUAGUGGACAGUGGUGUUGAGAGGAUUGAGAAGCUAUUAAAUGAGUUUUUCAACUAUGACAACAGAACUGCUUUUGUGUACACAUCUGACCAUGGAAUGACGGAUUGGGGAUCACACGGUGCUGGAUCACAAAGUGAGACUGAGGUGCCGCUGAUUGUAUGGGGUGCAGGAGUCGGCUCUCCCCUCCUGUUGGAGACACCUGACCCUCGCACUCCUGUGAGAUGGAACUUGCGUAACCUACAACGACUAGACGCAGCACAGGCCGAUGUGUGCCCCCUCAUGGCAUUGCUGGUGGGAGUCCCCAUACCAGUCCACUCUGUGGGAGUGCUGCCUCUCGGCUACUUGUCUCUGUCAGAACGAGACAAAGUGGCUGCUCUGGCUCUCAAUGCACGGCAGCUGGCUACGCAGUUUGGCUGUAAGAGGAAAAUGGUUGAGUCCAACAUGAUACAGUGGCUCUACAGACCUUUCCCUGAACUUACUAUUGAGGACGAAGAGGCACUCAAAGAGAAUAUAACUCAGUUGAUAAAUCUUGGAAAAUUUGAUGUGGCGAUAGAAGAAUGCAGAAACCUCAUCCGACUGAGCCAUUCAGGUCUACAGUACUAUCACUCCUACUUCCAAGGCUUAUUGCUCUGCUGUGUAACCUUAUCCUUCCUCGGCUGGAUAGCUUGGUUGUUCUGCCAUCUGUUACAGGACACUGCAGAUGAAAAAGUUACUAAUCAUUCAGGCCAUUAUAAUAACCAAACAAGAAAUAUUAAUAUUUGGCGGAAUAUUUUUUUCUUAACUCUGGCAAUUGUAACUUCAUUAUUAAUUUAUGUACAGUCAUUACCACCCCAGUUCUACCUAUACUGCUGCCUACCACUCCAACUAUGGUGGGCAGUAUCACGCCACUGGCAGACUGUCCUCCACAUCUUCGGUAAAUAUCGGCUAUUGCACUCGCUGGGAUCAGUGCUUCUCUACAUAGUCCUGCUUGAGUUAUUGGUUAUGAUUUUCUUCAGGCGUUGGAUCCUAUCAGUUGUAGUUGUUGCCAUUGGAUGUUGGCCUUUCCUGCUGGGAGAGAGACGGAAACUGUUGUCAACGAGGAUUCAGAUAUUGUGGCUUGGAUCUUACCUUACAUUAGCUGUUUUCCCUACUCUCCCUGUUGUUGGACAGCAGACACAGCUAGAAUUUGUGGUUUUCUGUGGUGGCCUUUGGCUGUUAUUGGGACUAUCAUGUCUAUACCUGUUGGGUCUGGUCCGGACUGGAUGGGUAGUUCCUGUUCAGCUAUUGAUGCUCUCUGUGGCCACAGCCAUCGUACUUACAACCUCGCAGGACUUUGACAGUGGCAUAGGUCUACAACUAGCCAACCAAAUAGCUGCCUGGCUACUUCUUGUGACAAGUUUAUCUGUACCUCUAAUGACUGAUAGUGAGGUGCCAGUUAGGUUCCUCAGCAUUGGCCUGGGCUUGGCCGUACCUUUCCUGCUACUGUGUGUGGGUCAUGAGGCAUUCUUCCUCUUGGCACUCUUUGUCAGUCUCUGUGUGUGGCUCGUCGUAGAGGCUCGGCUGUCUCAAGUGAAUAUAUCAAAGAUGGUGUUUAAAGAAGAUCUAGAAGUGAAACACUACUCAUUGUCUUCAGAUGAUUUUCGAAAGUGUUUUUUCUUCCUAACCUUUGUUCUUCUCUCGUUCUUCGGCACCGGAAAUGUUGCAUCUGUGAAUUCAUUUGAUGUUUCUUGGGUACGAUGUUUUGUCACCAAGUUCUCACCAUUCACUAUGAUGGCUCUUAUACUGUUGAAGACUCUAGUUCCUUUUCUCCUAGUUGCAUGCAGUUUCAGAGCAAUCAACAUAUUCUCUGGGGCAAAAGCUGAAAGCAUGUUUGUCAUUGUACUGAUCUACUGUGACGUGAUGGGGCUUCACUUCCUGUACUCUGUGACUAACACUGGCAGCUGGCUCGAGAUUGGAACUUCUGUGUCACACUUCGUCAUCAUGGAGGGGACUGUACUGUUUGUAGCGACACUGUAUUUCCUCGCCAGACUGUACACAGCUACAGCCAUUCACAAACACUUGUCUCCAUCAUCCACACAACCCAUUACCCCUAUUUGGGUCUCUCAACGUAAAAAACAUCCUGAUUAAAUGAUCAGUAAAGUGUUUAGUAUUGUUAUUAUUUAUAUUUUAUUAAAUUAAUAAAUUCCAUUUCAAAUAAAAUGUUUCAGUUGAUUAACAAUUAUUAUUUGUAAUGGAUGACUUAAUUUUGUUUACUUAUUCUAAGUAAGUAUAUAUAGAGAAAGAGGGAAGUAUAUUUUUAUACUUCUUGUUGCAAUGCACAUUAUUUUAGAGUUAUGGUUUCAAAAGAUAAAUUUUGAACAAACAAUAUACUUUGUUCACAUAAAUAUUUUAUACCUUCACAGAUUUAAAGACUUCUGUAAAAAUCUAGAAUCAUUGGUUUAUUUGUCACAUAAGUUUAUAUAAUCAAAAAAGAUGUAAAUAAACAUGUCAAAUAUAACAAUAAAAAUUAUAAAUAUUGCAUAGGUCUAUUUAUUUUAAAACAAAAUUAUUUAGCCAAUAGAAGUAGUCUUCUGUGCUAAAACAAUUAAGAUUUUUUAAAGCUGUUUUUUAUAUUUCUAAAACUUUAAUUUUGCAUAAUAUUUCACAUUUAUCUACAGGAACACAUCAUCUUGCUACACACAUAUAUUAUGAAAAGUAAAUUUUUUAAUAAAAAAUUGAUACAAACAAUAAUAUUUAGUAGACAACUCUUACAUUUUUUAAUUUUUUGCUCAUUAGACUAUUGUAGUUUCUUAUGAAACCAUUAUAAGAAAAUUUGUUUAGUAAUAAAAUUUAAUUUUGUAAAAAGUUAAUUGAAACUGUGGAAACUGAAAUUCUUGUUUAGGGAGAUGGUAUGUUCAAUAUUUUAACGCUAUUUAUUUUUUUAGCUUAACACUUGACUACGGUACAAAUCAGAUUAAUACUAGUUGGUCUCACUCAGUAUACAGACGCAGUGAAGGUGUAAACUGUGAUGUAUUGGAAAUGCUAAUUUAUUGAUGGGUUACUAAACCAUUUAUUGUAGACACUACACAAAUAAUUAAAUGAAACAUAGCUACUAUAAUAUACUAUAAAUAAGUACAAAUGUUUAAUAUUAUUUUGGGCAAAACUUUACAAAAUUGAUGAUUUUAAUGUAAUCAGAUCCAAAUUUUAAAUGGGACUAUAGUUUUGUUUUGUUUUAUUUUUUAAGAGAGGAGAAAAUAGAAUUAGUGUUUUCAAUGUAGCCAUUUUCUUAUUUACAAUUGGGGAGGUAUUCUUUCAUGUUGUUUUUAUAGAAUGAUUCAGAAUUAUUCAUGUUCAUUAUUCUUGUAAAUAAGAGUAAGUUGUAUUUAUUAUUGUAUAUACUAAUCCAGUGUGUUGUUAGACUAUAGCAAAUUUUUCUAUUAAUAUGCUCUGAACAAUUUUCUUCAAAUCUAAUUUUGAUCUUCCUUCAUUUUUGUAAUUACUAUGAAUUAAACUUAAUUUAAAUUUGA